AUGCAAUCUAGAAGAAGAAUUUCGCCAGGAAAAAGCAAACAAAAAUGCUCGUGUAAAACAGAAAAUAAUCACUUCUUCUCAAAGUUUUGAAAAGUUUAAAUUUUUUAAAAGUGCUUUCAUUUCAAUAGUCUAACAAAAAGCAUGUCAUAUGGUAGUGACGAUGUAGCGUCAUUCGUAGAAUCAAAUGAUGCUUAUUUGCAGAGAGUUAUCAGAAGAAGCACAAGACGUUCUGCUUUUUUAAACCCUUCCAUGGUAUUGAGUAUGAAAAUACGUAAACGUCAAGGCAAAUGCGUUGGACCGGCUUUAGAAGCUAUAAGCGAGUUCGCAAAAAAAGAAGAGCCGAAAGGUAAAAAAUACAAUUACAUCUGUGAUACAGUAUGGCUUCUUUUGGCCGAUUAUAUAGAACCGGAAGAUGUACAAACUUACGCAUUGAUUUGCCGCCAAAGUGCGAGUAGCAUUGCGUAUUGUAGAUAUUGGAAAAACCUGUAUGCACGUUACUGCGGACAAUCAAGGAUUUCCAAGAUUUGGAUUUUAAAUUUACCAGAGCGCUUGCAACGGCAUAACAUGCACUAUGGAGAUCUCCGUUGUAUUCGACGUUUUGUUAUAGAGUCUUUGUUUUAUUGUCAUCAACCGUUUAUAAAGCGUACACAGCAAAAGCUUAACCUGGACUUUUUAAUUGGUCGUACUUUUAUGAGAUCAUGGAUUACAAGAUCGUCAAAAUAUUUCACUACUUACAUCGAGUUCAAAUUAGGCUUUCCUGCAAAUGCCGAUAGGAAAGAUACAAAUUCGGUCAAAUCACAAUUACUACUUCAUAAAUUAGUAGAUAACUGGGAAGACUUGGCAAAUGACGGUUAUGUAAAUACGGAAGAGGAGUUAUCGACGAUAAUGAGUCUGGCUCAUGAACUGGAGGGAGUCUGCUUGCUUUUGCUAUGUUCGACGCAUUUUGUCUCAAUGCCUUCUCAGUUGCAGUACGAUAAAAACAGUAAUAGGCGUAUCCGGUUGCAUGGCACUCGUACUCUUUUAUCUUCCGAUAUGAAAACAAGUAAUUUGAAGCUUGACUUUAUGGUUAACAUUGGAAAUGAGAUCAUAACCAUAUGCUGCCCAAAUAUUUUAUGGUUUAAGGUGGUGCCAUGGUGGCAUCCAGAUUUUUACUCACAUAGAGACAGCAUUGUUGGAUAAAGUUACUGUUGCAUUUGGCACAGUUAUUAAGCGUUAUUAAGGUAAUUUUCCAUAAAGUUUGCAAAUUUAAUUCUAGUCAUUAAUUUUGGGAAGUUCUCAAUUUUCGUGAAACUAAUAAUGUAAGCGCUUAGAUUCAACUUGAAUUAUUUCGGCUAAGAAUCUUUGUAUUUCGUAUUGAUUUUAAAUAGACCAAUAAAGCACGUGGGUUGCAUUUGUAAUAUGCAUCUCGUUCUUGAUCUACCUAAGAUUAUAAAUCCGCUCUUUUGUCGUGUGUUAUGGGAACAAUCACAGUUUCAAAAAUACAGAUGCAUAGCAAGUGGCUACAAAGUUAUUUUGAUAUUAGCAAAACGUUAAUAAUCCGUAAUGGGUUUUCAUCUAAUACUUAUAGUGAAUAUUUGCAAGAAACGUUUCAAAUUUCACUGCAAAAAUACGCGUAUAAACACCAAGAGGUAAAAUAUUUUACAAUUUUGAAGUACUGAAGCCCAUUGCAAGUGGUGCAAAAAAAGAAAAAGACUGGCUUAUUGUCAACAGCUGAUUGCGGUAGUAAGGCACGUUGUGGUACAAACUUACAUCAAGCUGAUGUCUAUUUUGAAAAGUUAAUAGUCUUCUUAAACAUUUUGAUAUGUUUCAUAUAUCUUUCGUACCCAAUCCUACUAAACGACUACUAUUUCCUACUAAAUUCUGCAUACCUUUACAUCUCUUAUUUUCACGAUAUGUGAAGAAUAAUAGGUCUUCGCUGGCAAGAAAUGAUCCUCCACAAAUGUUUAAAAAUAAAAACCAUUCUUUUUUUUUAAUCAAGUUUUUAAUUGAUUUUUUUUUAUUUUUUCUAUGAGUUUAUCAAGUUAACAUUUUUCUUUUAUUUUAUAAAUCCAAUACGCACUAAGUUGCUGAAUAAUACAUAACAGAAUUGUUUUGCUGUUGUUAUUAUGUAUUAAUACUACUGAAAUUGCAUUCAUUUAAUUGAAUUACAUGUUUAGAGCACAUCUUUUAGAUAAUUCUCAAUUAACAUUAAAUAAGGCUUACACAUCCUUUGUGAAAAUAAUAAUGAUUCGGAUGGGUUCGGAAUUUGGAUUACUUCACCUUAAACGCUAUUUCAUUUGCAGCUGUGGUCGCGUUUUCCUACAUAAAUCUAAUCGUUGAUCAUGGAUAUUCAAAUAUUAACCUUUAAUAUUUUUUUUUUAUUUAAACAAAAAUCUUUUCUUUUUUUUUGUAUUUACAUAUACAUAAAACUUGAUU